UGGAAAGGUGCCAGGACGCAGUAUAAAAGGAGGAGACAUCUCAAACACAUCACUAGCUUAUUCCAGAGGCAACCAUGAAGGGCACCAAGGCGGUGAUUCUGUGUAGCCUCCUCGCGACGGUUUUGGCUGGCAAGUUUCGUGGCUCGUAUGGAGGCUCAAAAGGCGGCGGUGGCUAUGGAGGCAGUGGCUACGGAGGCGGCGUAGGAAGCGGCGUAGGAGGCGGUUUGGGAGGCGGCGUAGGAGGCGGCGUAGGAAGCGGCGUAGGAGGCGGUUUAGGAAGCGGCGUAGGAGGCGGUUUAGGAGGCGGCUUCCAAGGAGGCGGAUUAGGAGGCGGUUUAGGAGGCGGCUUCCAAGGAGGCGGAUUAGGAGGCGGUUUAGGAGGCGGCUUCCAAGGAGGCGGAUUAGGAGGCGGUUUGGGAGGCGGCGUAGGAGGCGGUUUAGGAAGCGGCGUUGGAGGCGGCGUCCACGGAGGAGGCGGAUUAGGAGGCGGAUUAGGAGGCGGAUUAGGAGGCGGUUUAGGAAGCGGCGUUGGAGGCGGCGUCCACGGAGGAGGCGGUUUAGGAGGCGGCGUAGGAGGCGGUUUAGGAAGCGGCGUUGGAGGCGGCGUCCACGGAGGAGGCGGUUUAGGAAGCGGCGUUGGAGGCGGCGUCCACGGAGGAGGCGGUUUAGGAGGCGGCUUCCAAGGAGGCGGAUUAGGAGGCGGUUUGGGAGGCGGCGUCCACGGAGGAGGCGGUUUAGGAAGCGGCGUAGGAGGCGGCGUAGGAGGCGGUUUAGGAAGCGGCGUUGGAAGCGGUUUGGGAGGCGGCGUCCACGGAGGAGGCGGAUUAGGAGGCGGAUUAGGAGGCGGUUUAGGAAGCGGCGUUGGAGGCGGCGUCCACGGAGGAGGCGGUUUAGGAGGCGGUUUGGGAGGCGGCAGAGGAAGCGGCGUUGGAAGCGGUUUGGGAGGCGGCGUAGGAAGCGGCUUAGGAGGCGGCUUCCAAGGAGGCGGAUUAGGAGGCGGAUUAGGAGGCGGAUUAGGAGGCGGAUUAGGAGGCGGAUUAGGAGGCGGAUUAGGAGGCGGAUUAGGAGGCGGUUUUGGAGGCGGUUUAGGAGGCGGCUUCCAAGGAGGCGGAUUAGGAGGCGGUUUAGGAGGCGGCUUCCAAGGAGGCGGAUUAGGAGGCGGUUUUGGAGGCGGUUUAGGAAGCGGCGUAGGAGGCGGUUUUGGAGGCGGUUUAGGAGGCGGCUUCCAAGGAGGCGGAUUAGGAGGCGGUUUAGGAGGCGGCUUCCAAGGAGGCGGAUUAGGAGGCGGUUUAGGAAGCGGCGUAGGAGGCGGUUUAGGAGGCGGUUUAGGAGGCGGCUUCCAAGGAGGCGGAUUAGGAGGCGGUUUAGGAGGCGGCUUCCAAGGAGGCGGAUUAGGAGGCGGUUUAGGAAGCGGCGUUGGAGGCGGAUUAGGA